AUGGUCUCAUGGUUCCUCAGGCAGCCUCCGCCCCCACUGUGCGCUGCCCUCACAAGGUGCUUCCGCUUCAUGUCAAAGGCGGGCCUGUCAAACAGUGCAAACGUGAAGGUCGUUUUUGCGCACCUCGAUCGGCUCGGGCUCCCGCGGGACGGCGUUGUGAGGCUUGAGCACGCGGCGGGCCAGGAUCAGUCACACUUGCCUCUCGGCCGCCCCCUCCCCAUCUUCAACGUCCUCGCAUUCUACUUCGAGCUGCAGCAGCCGGCAACGCGCUCGCAACUCCACGCGCUCGUCAAGCACGCCUCCAAGGAGUCGGAGGCGGCGCACCUGUCAAAGCUCGCCGAGUUUGGCGCGGACAACACCGGCGAGGUGUCCGAGGACCGGGCAACCCUCUAUGAGCAGCGCACGCUGCUCGAGGUGUUGCAAGAGCACCCGUCGGUGAGCGUGCCCGCGGGGACCUUCAUCGGCAUGCUCCCGCCGAUGAAGCCGCGCUACUACUCCAUCUCCUCGUCGCCCAAGCACUUGCCGGGCAAGUGCAGUAUCUCCGUCUCCGUCGUGCAAGGUCGCAGCCCGACGGGCAGGCAGCACUUGGGCGUCUGCUCCAACUAUCUCAAGGCUCAGACCCUCAAGAAGCCCUACCCGACCUCUGUCUACCCCUCAAACAACCUUGGCCCCGAGGGCUACGGCAUGCCGACUGUGGCCUUCGUCAAGGACACGGGCUCUUCCUUCCGGCUGCCCGCCGGCGAUGCUCCCAUCAUCAUGGUCGGACCAGGCACCGGCGUCGCGCCAAUGCGCGGCUUCAUCCAGGACCGCGUUGCCGACGGCAAGACGGAGAACGUGCUAUUUUUCGGCUGCCGCGACGAGUCCGACUUCAUCUAUAAGGAGGAGCUGCAGGCGUGGGAGGCGGCGGGCUCGCUCAAGCUCUUCGUUGCCUUCUCGCGCAAGCCGGGCACGCCAAAGACGUAUGUGCAGCACCUCGUCGCGCAGGAAAAGGCGCUGAUGACGGAGCUAAUCAAGAAGGGCGCGCAUGUCUAUGUGUGCGGCGACGCCUCGAAGAUGGCGCCCGACGUGCGCGCGACCCUCUCGCGCGUGCUAGUGGACGCCGGCCUCGACGAUGGCUUCGAGGGCGGUCCGGUCGAGAAGCUGCGCGCCGCAGGCCGGUAUUGCGAGGACGUCUGGGCCGCUCAGUCAGUGUAG